GACGCAGUAACAGUAACUUUGCGUAUGCGCUAGCAAAUACGACCGCAUGUAUUUUUGUAUGUUGUGAAGUAAAACUUGUUGUAUUUUGUAAACUUUUUCUGUGUAUUUAAUUGUGCAAAUAUGUCGAGUCGUGGGGUUGACCAAUUGAUACCGUCAGUCACCCGGCAAAACCAACGAUGUAUCAAUUGUUCAUUUUUGAUACCCAGAAACCUACGUACACAUUCAUUAGAACAAGCGUCUACUCCAAUGAUUAACUUGUUACAGUCGUGGAUAACUCCUACUCAGUUGUCUUCAGAAUGCGUACUUUGUACAGAGUGUUUGACACUGCUUCAAGAUAGAGCAAACACAAUCAGUGAAGGAUUGCCUGCUUUUGGUCAUAGAAAAUUAUGUUUUUCUUGUGGCAAUUCUAUUCUACGUGCAACUAGAACAUAUCCUGUAAGACAAGAUCGACAAGAGAGAAACAUUUAAGUUAGACGUGUUCCGCUGCAUUUGAUCUCAAGAUUGGAAAGAGUAUGUGCUGCUUGCUGGAGAUCAGCUGUAAGAGAAGUGCAACGUCAUGAUCAGCACGACUCCAAUCGCCCUGGUCUGUCAGAUGCUGGACCAAGUGGGGAUCUCAAUAUUCCUGAGCCACCCCCUCUUCCACAACAAAACCUACACACUGUUACACUACACACUACACACCAAGUUAGAUCAAAUUCAACAAUUAUAUCUUCUACUUAUAAGCGUGCCGCUAGCACAUCCAAUCACUGUAUAUUUGUUAAUUGUUUUGAAACAGAACGUUUACUGAUACCCUCAUCUAUAAAGAAUCUGUUAUUACUUAAUUAUAAAUUGUAUGUGCCACCGGCAGCACGAAUCUGUCGUCACCACCUGAAUCAUGGCCGUUGGAGCGAAUUAUCUUCCCAGUUAAGAGAUUUUACCGGUAGUCAAUUCGACACAAUUAUGAAUAUGAUGCAGCGAGCUGCCUAUUACCAUAUAGAUUUCUCAAAUAUUUUAAUUAUGCCUGCAUAUUUGUGUCAGUUUUGGCUUGGCAUGAACUCUGAUCAGUUUUAUGAUUUGUUAAACUGUAUCCCAAGUCUAGCAGGACAAGUACCAAAUGCCACGAUUGCUUUAAGUAUUUACUUAGUUAAGCUGAGAACUGGGGAUAGUAAUGAAAGGUUGGCAACUCUCUUUAAUAAAUCUCGUGUCACCUUAGAACGCUUAAUGAAUAAGGCCAGAGAGUGUUUAAUUAAUGAGUUUGUUCCAUUAUACUUAGGAUUUAAUCAUUUGACUGUUGAAGAUGUUGCUUCUAGAAAUAGAAUAAUACCAGAAGGAUUAUUUGGUAAUCCUGAUUUGCCACCUAAUUCUAAACCAGCAAUAGUCAUAUGUGAUGCUACUUAUGUAUUUAUCCAAAGUAGUUCUAAUUACUUAUUUCAAAAACAAACAUACAGUUUGCAAAAAUUGGAUAAUUUGGUCAAACCAUUUAUGAUAGUUUCUUGUGAUGGUCAUAUUGUGGAUUGCCUCGGGCCAUACAAGGCGACCUCUAAUGAUGCUUCAAUUACAAGUUUAAACUUAUGUAAUGAGGAAUCUUGUUUAAGAUCAUUUUUCCGAAGGGGUGACAUUUUCAUCCUUGAUAGAGGAUUUAGGGAUGUAAUUAAUGAACUCCAAAGGUAUGGCUUUGUAGCACAUAUGCCAGAGUCUCUACUUGAGAAUGAGCAUCAAUUAACAACCCAGCAGGCAAAUCGAUCUCGUUUUGUUACUAUGUGCCGCUGGGUUGUAGAAGUGGUUAAUGGGAGGGUGAAAAGGGAUUUUAGACUCUUUCGUCAUGUUUUUAACAAUAGAGCGGCUUUGCACCUAAAGAAUGAUUUUAGAAUCUCUUGUGCCCUAAUUAAUAAGUUUCAUGUUGUUAUAGAAAACCCACCUGAAGCCUUGGAAUAUGUAAGAAUUCCUAAAGAUAGGCUUUCACUAGAGAACCAUUUAGCAACUUAUGUUGAACAGGCAAAUCUCAAUAGAAGGAGAGUGAAUUUUCAGAUGAUUAACAGCAAUAAUCCACAUUUAGAUAGAUUUCCUCAAUUGACAAUAACUGAUUUAAAACGGUUAGCUCUUGGGACCUACCAACUCAAACAGGCUACAUCUUAUUAUGGGGAACACAUCCGUCAGACUGGUAUUUAUUCAAUUGAGGUGAAUAAUACUCUUGAUGAUGAUGUACCUUUGAUAUUAGGGCUUAAUAAUUAUCUCUUAAGAGGUAGGAUUAAAUCUAGACAUGUCAACAGUCGUACUUAUCACACGUAUUUAUUGAUUAGCAGAGAUGAUGCUGUGGCUAACACAUUAGAUACCAUAGUAGGCUAUUGCUGCAGCUGCCUCAUCGGUAAGUGAACAGUUGGCUGCUGUGCUCAUAUAAUGACGAUAGUGUGGUAUUUGAGCUGGGGACGGUAUAAUGACGUAACUGCGCCGGCAUCGGCUUUAGAUAAUUUUUUUCAGGAGUAUGAUGAAUGAAUGAUUUAAGUAAAUGUAUAUUAAAUAUUUUAUUUAAUAUACAUUUUGAUUUCUUAUAUUUACACGAACACUACACAUUGAAUAAAACUAUUUUUACGGAUUUUAUCGCGUUUUAUUAACUUAUUUUAUAUUCCCGACGAUUCGGUUGUUUUCCAGCAACCGUGGUCACGGGGGACUGAGGUAGGUGAUUGACGUCCCGAUGUCAGAGUUAAACCGGAGUACCUUCAGCUUUUUUAAUUAAUAAUUUUAGUCUGAUUUACACAGAAUGAUAGUUGAACGAUAGUGUCUUGAAGUUUUGCAGUGGUAUGCUUGGGUUUAGUUUUAAUUUUAUGAAUUACAUAAUCCCAAGCAGGUGGUAGUACCCAGCCUUAUAGUAUUUUAAGAUUAUUAAAGGGUUAUUGUUCAAGACGCUCUCUAGACUCCAUGAGCGUGUUUUUCAGUUUGGUCACCCUUAUGAUUAUGUUAUAUUGAUAUUAGUUUGGUAGUGUAAUCACAGUAAUCAUCAUUACAGCCCCUCACAAGUCCACAGCUGAUUAUAGGCCUCCUCAAAGCCCACACAAGCCUCGAGCAAGCAGUCUCACAGGUGGUGUUUAGUGGGUAGGCACUUAGGUUUCGCAGUGAGUCCCACAUAACCACGCAGCCGGCUGUCGUGGUAUGCUUAGAGCAUUCACCACCUCCCUUACCGCUUCCCGGAGGGUAGCCCUUUUCAUUGCUUCUAGGCGCAAAAACAAAAACAAAAAACGCGCAAAUCUUCGAGUUUCAGUCACGCAUCCUGUAGCACGGCUAUAUGUUGAUAUUACUCUUAAUUCUUACUGAUAUUAGUGGAUAACGCUGUUUUUAGAGCCAUAAAGUUUGUCUGUGUUGAACGUGUCUAUUUAAAAUUGGUUUUGGUAGUGUCGAAAAAAUAGACCUAGAUUUUAGGUUAUUUUCGAUUUUAUAAAAUAACUCAAAAUCCGGGUUUUUGUAAAAAAAAUAACUUUUGUAGGAUUUAAUAUGAUCAGUGUAGUUCAUAGAAAACAAAGUUUGAUUUUGAUGCAACAUGGUACGGGAUUCCAUACAUUAAUGGGCAUUCUCCUUUGCCCAAAUAGUACAGUAAUAAUUUUUGUUGAUAGAAGAGGCAGUGUAAACAACAAACAGUUAUUAAGAUAUAUUGAGCAACUUAAUAACUUAAAUGUACACAAAAUUGUCUUGUUCACACUGCCUUACAUACAGGGAUUGCCGCACAUAAUAUGUAACAAUAAUUUAAAUUUGACAUAUAAUUGUAAUUAUAAUAAUGACAAAUUUCAUUAAAUUAAUAUAAAUAAUUUAAUAAACUAGUUUUGGACAAAAGAUGGGUAUUACCUAUCCAAAUAUAAUUUAAGACUGAUAGCAAAUGUGUCUUAUUAUUUACUAAAAUCUUAUUAUUUACUUUUUAACUCAGCCAAGUUUUUGGCUACCAAGACUGCUUUUAUUGGGCAGGAUAAUUAUUUGACAAUUAAUUUGGAAUCAGUUCCAACUAAUUUAAAUUAGUAAAUGCGACAAUAGAGGCAAUCUCUAGCAAUUUAAAGAGUUUAAUUAACUUUGAAUGCAGCCCACAAAUAAGUAAUUGUUUACACCUGGUGCAUAAAAUUUUCAAGGCAUGAUGGGUAAAGAAUUAGAAGUUGAAUUGUUUUUAAAUAGUAACAACAUACAUAUCCUUUGUAUUACUGAACAUUGAACACAUAUUAAAUCUUUAGUUUUUUUUUUUAAUGAGACAAGUGCCGAGGACCUCAAAAACCCUACCUAUAGUUGUGUCAGACAGCGCCGGCGCGGCGUUAACUCGUCUCGAACGCGAGCGAAUACCAACUAGGCUAGCAAGACCCUCAUAUGAUCUAUACCUACGUGUGCGACGUGUGUGGAUUUGUACCGUGACCACAACAUUCUUCGGAAGUAGUAUAACUAAUUUAAUAAAUAAUCAAUGCAUAAACAUGUUUAACUAAAAAGUCAGUGUAUGUAUUAUGAUUAUAACAUAAUAUACUAAUUGGGGUGUCUGAGGAUGUGCGUUAAUUACGUUAUAUGUUAUAUAUAUCAUUAUAUCUUAUAUAUCAUUAUACAGGAGUGUUGGCGAUUUAAUUCUUCAAUUUCUCGGAAACGCGUGGCGCGGGGUGGUGGGGGGAUAUGUUGUUAGCUGCGCCGCUUCCUGCAAAUUUAGUCGCCAUGGAGCCGUACACGGGAGUGCAGCGUGCAUUUUGUGUCCGAGCGUAUUACGAAAACAAUAAAUUAGUGAUUACUACACGACGUUUGUAUCGACAUGAGCACGGUUUACGCCAUUUAAGUGAAGUUCCAAGCGCCAAUGUGAUACGGAAAUGGAUCAGAAUGUUCGAAACAACCGGCUCGAGAGUACCAAUUACAGCUCGUGGUCGCCCAGUUUCUGCAAGAUCAGCGGAAAUUGUGGAGCGUGUUCGUGUUUCAGUUCGGCGAAAUCCGCAACAGUCAACACGUAAGAGAAGUCAGUCUUUGGACAUCAAAAGAACGACUUUGCGACGAAUUUUGAAGCGUGAUUUGCAUUUGAAGGCUUAUAAGAUUCAGAUAGUCCAAGAAUUAAAACCAGAUGAUACCAAUAACCGACUUAACUUUGUCAAUUUGAUGCUCGAGCGGUUCAACAAUUUUGACAACGUGAUGUUUAGUGAUGAGGCCAAUCCUUACUGGCCAUGUGAAAAAGCAAAAUUGUAGGUUCUGGUCCGAGACUAAUCCCCGACGUUUGCAUAAACGUUCACUUCACAGCCCUAAGCUUGUCGCGUGGGCUGGGAUAACGUCAACCGGUAUUAUUGAGCCAUACUUUUUUGGGAACGAAAGAGGGCAAGCGAUGACGGUAAUGGCUGAUUUACACAGGGUCAGUAACUGACUACAAAUUCGAGGCAAGUCAGUGCUGACCCGAAAAAAAACUUGUGUAAACUGAUUUGAAGUCAGUACAGUGGCUCUGACUUGAAUAUUCGGACACGAAUAUUUUAAAGUCAGUUGGCGCCCCCCGCCACCCGCGCAUCCCCGCGCCACCCAAAUAAACCCCGUGUAAACAGACAAGUCAGUGCGUGGUUAGUCACUGCCGCUGCGUUGUAGAGUAACCACGUUUUUUUCGCUGGCGAUAAAAAUGACGCGUAAGCUUAGCGAAGACGAAACCUUAAAAUUGGUGCAAUUAUAUGGCGAAAACGAGUGCCUUUGGGAUAUUAAAUCCCUAAAUUACCGCAAUGAAGAAAUGCGGUCAACAGCGUUGCAAAAUAUGGCUCAACAAAUGCAAAUCGGAGGGCUCACUUCUACUGAAGUAAAAAAUAAAAUUAAAGCCAUAAGGGCUACAUAUUAUUUAGAGCUCGACAAGAUACAAAAAUCCACCAGAUCUGGCGCUGGUGGGAACGUAUAUGUACCAAAAGUCAAGUGGUUUCAAGAACUGGACGGCUUUAUAAAAAAUGCUAUUGUAAAAAGGAAAACAAUGGUAAGUAGUUAUUGUAACUUAUUUAUUUUAUUUCCAUCCUAGGUACCUAUACAAAAUUAAUGAAUUCUAUCCAAUUGCCAUGGCACACUUCCAGCAGUCAUAAAGAAGUUCCUAUAUAGGUCUCUUUUUUCUUUAGCAGUCAUGGAAUGGUUGCCUCUUUGUUGUUCUGAAAUGCUUGGUAGUGGAUUUAUUUCCGAUCUCCAUGUUCCUUCUAUUAUUUGUCCAUCAUUGUCCUCUCUGUCUACACAAGUAGAUGUUAUGUAGGAACUUGAACGCUUUCGCAACCAAUUAUGCAGGGCACAGGCUGCACAGACAAUGGCAUCAACUGUGUCCACAUGGGUAGGAAUUGCUUUUUCGAACACUCGGAAUCUAGAAACCAGUAUACCAAAAGCAUUUUCACUUAUGCGCCUUGCACGCGACAACCUGUAGUUAAAGACUUUUUCGGCAGUACUUAGCUGCGUACCUGGAUAGGGUUUUAGUAGAUAAUUCUUCAGUGGAAAUGCUGCAUCACCAACUAUUACUCCCUUUGUAGGAAGCAAUCCAUCUUCUAACCGACGAUAUAAUGAGGAAUUUUUGAAAACACCUCCAUCAGAGGCGUUUCCAUUCGCUCCAACGUCUAUAUAUGAAAAACAAUAGUCGUGGUCUACAAGUGCUAACAAUACUGUACUAUUGGUUUUUUUAUAAUUAUAAAAUUCACUUCCACUAUUUGGAGGAGCUUUAAUUAUAAUAUGCUUCCCAUCGAUUGCUCCAUGACAUGAAGGGAAAUUCCACUUGGUAUUGAAACCGUCUUCAAUAAUUUUCCAUUCUUCCUCUCGUUCUGGAAUCUGU